AUGAUGCCAGGCAAUGGGAGUUCCGAGGCGGGAUGCAGCAGGGCAGCGACACGCAGCUACUCCAACACCAGCUGCAGCCAGACGGAGCUGUCCAUCACCGCCUCCGCCAUUUCCAUGACCGUGGGCAUCAUCUCCAACAUCCUGGCUCUCUGCAUCUUGGUCAAAGCCUACCGCCGCUUCCGCCUCAAAUCCAAGGCCUCCUUCCUGCUGUUCGCCAGCGGCCUGGUGGGCACCGACCUCCUGGGCCACCUCAUUAACGGCUCCCUGGUGCUGUACGUCUACGCUUGCAACAGGAAGUGGGAGACCUUUGACCCGCACCACAUCCUGUGCGGUCUCUUUGGGGUGUCCAUGGUGUUUUUUGGUCUGAGCCCCCUGCUCCUGGGCAGCCUCAUGGCGGUGGAACGCUGCAUUGGUAUCACCAGGCCCCUGUUCCACUCCACAGUCCUGGCCGCCCACCACAUGAAGAGGCUGCUGGGGAUGACCUGGCUGCUAGCUGCCCUGGUGGCCCUGCUACCUGUGCUGCUGUGGAGACCCUACCAGGUGCAGCGCUCCCAGAGCUGGUGUUUCUUCCGCGUGGAGGGGCCCCGCGACUGGCUGAACGUGGUGCUCCCACUGAUCUUCUCCACGCUGGGCCUCCUGGCACUGCUGGUGUCCAUUGUGUGCAACACCUUGACCAGCUGCACCCUACUGCAGUCCAAGCUGCGCUGCCACCGCCAACGUCGCCGCAAGGACACCUCCCACCACUUUGAGAUGAUCUGCCAGCUCUUGACCAUCAUGCUUGUGUCCUGUGUGUGCUGGGGCCCUUUAUUGGUAAGGCUUCUUCCUCCUCUUUUCCCUGGGUCUUAUAAGCUCUUAUCUCUGGUAUGUCUGUUAAGCAGUGAUGAAGAACUCACUUUCACCUCAUCUCUGCCAACAGUCCUCUGCAUUGGUGGAGUCUGCCAAGAUUCCCACAGCAAGCCAUUUGUUCUUCUACUUGGAAUGCUUACAAAUCCUUUCAAAAGGAAAGAGAGCUAUUUAAACCUUUGAAGAGAUGCUCAAGAUGUUUAAUAGGGCACAGAUUUUUGACCUGUUUGGUAUUUUGUGCUUUUGACCCUUGUCAAUUAGGGCAGUUUUCUGGCAUAUUAUGUCCUUCUUUUCUCCCAGUACUUUGUGUAGUUACUUUACAUCCAUUUCAAUGACAUUUGUUUUUGACACCCCUUUUUAAGAGAAAAAUAUGGUAUGCAGCCAAAGUAGAUGUGAGAGCAACACAAUAUGCUGUGGGAAACUGAUGAGUCUUAUUGUAAUAACUAAUCCUCCUUUGAGAACGUUUUUAUUUAUAUUCCUGACAUUAAUCGUAGACCAGGUUUCUUAAAAUUAAAAGGACAGUAUAAUAACUUACAUUAAGAUGGAUCGUUAACACUUGAUGAGAAGGCUUGUAAGGGAAGGUCAAACAAUAUUGUUUAUUCUCUGGCUAGACAUAUUUCAUUAGACCUACAUUAAUAAGAUGUUUAGGGAGCGUUCAAAAUGUACGCAUUUGUUACCCGGAGGAAAAUGGGGGAGGGUCAACAUUUUUACAUUUCAGUCAGUGGGAGGGUUAAAAAAAUGUUUGGUCCAAGGGAGGUAAUGUAAUUUGUCAUCGAUUACAUUUCAGUUAUUGUCAGCAUUUUGUUUAACUUUGGUGUACCACCCUGCUCGCUCGCUCUCUCUCUCUCUCUCUCUCUCUCUCUCUCUCUCUCUCUCUCUCUCUCUCUCUCUCUCUCUCUCUCUCUCUCUCUCUCUCUCUCUCUCCGUCUCUCUCGCUCUCUCUCUCUCUGUCUCUCUCUCUCUCUCCCUCUCUCAUUCGCCUCUCUGAGCCCGGCUGGAUGGGCAUUCCACUUUCACCUUUCCAUUGGCGUGUAGAGUAUCUGGCGAAUCAAAUAGCGCUUGUAGUGAUGAUGUAGGGAGCUAGCGCACGAGAAGAACUGUGGUAGAAACAAAUCUGUGGUUUAUUGCUGCAUUCAAAACAACUCGGAACUCAGAAAUCUCAGUCUUGCGACUUCAGUGUGUUCAAGACAACUGGGAACUUGGAAAAAAACGAGCAACUACUGGCAAAAAUCACUUUGAACGGUCAUACAACUUGGAAUUCCAAGUCGGAAAACUCUGGCAUCUUUCUAGAACUCAGACAUUCCGACCUGAAAAUCACUGAUCUUGUGAUAUGAUCUUGUUUUUCUUUUGAGUUCCCAGCUGUCUUGAAAGCACCAAUGAACAACAACAAGCAUGGCAUCACACAAUUACACAAGGACCACAGCACGUGAAAAAAAGUUAUCUUCACAAUAAUUUAAGGAUUUCUUUGCAGUCUCUGUCCGCUGAAGAGAGUCUAGAAAAGUUCAUUUGAAUUGUGAAGUCUAAAGGAGAUGGUUCUUAAAUGUGGAAAAAAGUUAAUGGAUUAAAUUGGGUGUUGGAGGGCUUUGCUGCUGCCGAAUGGGGAGGACAACAGUCCAUGUGGAUGGCUGGACUAUCUGUAUGCCUGUAUGCCUAAGAGUUGUUCUCCUUUUUCUAGCGAUAUGUUUAUCCUAGGCUUUCUGUCAUUUCAUAAACUUAAAUAUAUAUAUAUAUAUAUAUAUAUAUAUAUAUAUAUAUAUAUAUAUAUAUAUAUAUAUAUAAAUAUAUACACCACUGUGUAAUUUCAUUGGGUAGGCCUAUAGGCUAUUCACUGCAGUAUUAUUCCUAAUAAUUCCUCUUUAGCUCUUGGAGUCCCAGGAAACGCUAGACUAGGCUUACAAUAGCUCAUUGUACACUUACUUCAAGCAUUUUAUUUUCUACUGAUCGAGGAAAGAUUUCAGCUUGCUCUUGCUUGCUGAAUGUAAAAUACAGAAACCAAAAGAACUGGCUUUGAGUUUGAAAGGAGAGAAAGAGAGGUCUCGAUGGUGUGAUUCAAAUGCACCAUAUGAGUAGCCUGCUAAUGUACCUUUCUGAACUUUGUAAACUGUCUAAGAUAAAUCCAUAACUGAUCUAAAUGGUUGCAUUAUCAGGCUUAGGCUGUAUGCAGUUAUUUCGGCAUGAAGCAUUCAAAACAGGACGUUUGAGCGGUUAUUCAAAUUAGCCUACAUCACUGCAGUUUACAGCCCUAGCCAGCAAUUGUGUAGGACUACACACUUGAUAACAAUAAUACAUUCCUAAUUGCACUGUGUUGUUGUAGCCUAUGGGUAGAAUAAUGUUGUCUGAAAACAUGGGCCUAAUUAAUAGUGGAGCUUUGCAUGCCCGACUGCCCGGGGACUGCAGAGCACAGCCUGGAGGUGUCACACCCUGGCUCUGGGACUCAUUAUGUUGAGCCAGGGUGUGUUCAUUCUAUGUGUGUAUUUCUAUGUUGGUAAUUCUGUUGUGUUUAAUUCUAUGUUUGCCUGAGUGACUCCCAAUCAGAGGCAACGAGUGUCAGCUGUUGGCUGGUUGUCUCUGAUUGGGAGCCAUAUUUAAACUGUAUGUUUUUCCCUUUGGGUUUGUGGGUUUUUGUUCCGUGUUCGGUCAUUGAUACCGUGGACGUCACGAGUCGUUUCUUGUUUUGUGUUUAAACUUUAACUAAUUAAAGUAUGUUUGUUCAUCACGCUGCGCCUUGGUCUGUUCCAUAUGACGAUCGUGACAGAAAAACCCACCAUGCAACGACCAAGCAGCGUGUCCCGGGGCAGCCCUUGGGCUGGACAUGGGAGGAAGCGCCGGGAAAGGCCCUGGCGAAAGAGGAGCAGCGUGUCCAGGAGCAGGCAGCCUGGACAUGGGAGGAGAUAUUGGACGGUAAAGGGUCCUGGACUUGGGGGGAAAUCCUGGCCGGGAUGGAUCGCCGGCCAUGGAGUGAGACAGUGGAGAGGCGACGGAGAGAGGAGCAACGGCGUGAUCAGGGUCGUCGUCGGACGGUCGUGAGGCAACCCCAGAAAAUUUUUAGGGGGGGGCACACGGCAUGGACGACGGGGCUGACGGAGCAGAAAAGGGGGCGGAUCCAGAAGGCCACCAGGCCAGGGGUACACCGCCCUGUACGUCCUGUGCGGAUGCCUCACACAGAGUGUGUGAGGGUAGGCAUUCAGCCAGGACGGGUUUGUGGCCGCUCUUCACUCCAGGCCUCCUAUCCGUCUCCACAGCCCGGUCGGCCUGUCCCUGCUCACGCACCAGCCGGGUGACCAAGCUACGGGUGCGUCGAGCCCAGCCAGUCACCGCCUGUCCCUGUCCAGCUCACCAGCCUACGGUGUGCGGUCGCAUACCAGCCGACCGUGUCCUGCUUCACCCCAAGCCUACGGUGUGCGUCGCAGCCAGCCCGGUCCUGUCCCUGCUCCACGCACCAAGCCUACGGUGUGCGUCGCCAGCCCAGCCCGGACCUGUCCCUGCUUCCACGCACCAAGCCUACGGUGGCGUCGACAGCCCGCCCGGCCUGUUCCCUGCCACCGCACCAAGACUACGGUGUGCGUCGCCAGCCCGCCCGGCCUUGUUCCUGCUCACUCGCACCAAGCUACGGUGUGCGUCGCCACCCGCCCGGCCUGUUCCUGCCACUCGCACCAAGUCUACGGUGGCGUCGCCAGCCCGCCCGGCUUGUCUCUGCCACCGCACCAAGUUACGGUGGCGUCGCCAGCCCGCCCGGACCUGUCCCUGCCCACGCACCAAGUCUACGGUGCGCGUCGCCAGCCCGGCCCGGCCUGUUCCUGCCACUCGCACCAAGUAUACGGUGCGCGUCGCCAGCCCGGCCCGGCUUGUUCCUGCCACUCGCACCAAGUAUACGGUGCGCGUCGCCAGCCCGGCCCGGCCUGUUCCUGCCACACGCACUAAGCCAGGGGUGCGAGAAGUCAGCCUGGUAAGGCCCGUUCCUCCUCCACGCACCAAGCCAGGGGUGCGAGUCGUCAGCCUGGUAAGGCCCGUCCCUCCUCCACGCACCAAGCCAGGGGUGCGAGUCGUCAGCCUGGUAAGGCCCGUUCCUCCUCCACGCACCAAGCCAGGGGUGCGCGUCGUCAGCCUGGUAAGGCCCGUUCCUCCUCCACGCACCAAGCCAGGGGUGCGCGUCGUCAGUCCAGCACAACCCGUGCCUGGGUCAACUGCUCCACUAUGGAGCUGAAGCUAACCGCUCCUGCUAAGUCCAGUCCUGCUCCUGCCGGCGGGGCCAGACUGGACCAGGGGCGCUAUGGGGGGUGUAUUGGAGGGUGGUGGUCAAGGCCGGAGCCAGAACCGCCGCCGAGGAGGUAUGCCCGCCCAGCCCUCCCCUGUUUUGUUCAGUUGAGGCGCGGUCGCAGUCCGUGCCUUUAGGGGGGGGUACUGUCACACCCUGGCUCUGGGACUCAUUAUGUUGAGCCAGGGUGUGUUCAUUCUAUGUGUGUAUUUCUAUGUUGGUAAUUCUGUUGUGUUUAAUUCUAUGUUUGCCUGAGUGACUCCCAAUCAGAGGCAACGAGUGUCAGCUGUUGGCUGGUUGUCUCUGAUUGGGAGCCAUAUUUAAACUGUAUGUUUUUCCCUUUGGGUUUGUGGGUUUUUGUUCCGUGUUCGGUCAUUGAUACCGUGGACGUCACGAGUCGUUUCUUGUUUUGUGUUUAAACUUUAACUAAUUAAAGUAUGUUUGUUCAUCACGCUGCGCCUUGGUCUGUUCCAUAUGACGAUCGUGACAGGAGGAACGCACAGAUCGGCCAUUUCAUAAUCUGUUAGCUUAACCUUUUUUUCUUGCACUUUGACUGGUACAUUUUUAAUAUUUAGCUAAUGAGUGGCCUAAUAUCUAGCUAAUAUUUAGCUAAUAAGUGGCCUAAUAUCUAGCUAAUAUUUAGCUAAUGAGUGGCCUAAUAUCUAGCUAAUAUUUAGCUAAUGAGUGGCCUAAUAUCUAGCUAAUAUUUAGCUAAUGAGUGGCCUAAUAUCUAGCUAAUAUUUAGCUAAUAAGUGGCCUAAUAUCUAGAUAAUAUUUAGCUAAUAAGUGGCCUAAUAUCUAGCUAAUAUGUGGCCUAAUAUCUAGCUAAUAUUUAGCUAAUAAGUGGCCUAAUAUCUAGCUAAUAUUUAGCUAAUAAGUGGCCUAAUAUCUAGCUAAUAUGUAGCUUCUUCGGCUACACAACUCUAGCGCCUCUCUUCCAGCUGUUCCCAUGUGCAGUGGGUUAUAGGCUACGGAAGCUGUACAGUAGGAUGCUUUGAUCAGUUGAUUGACAGGCGUAGGCUACUGUAGAACGACAAACUUUCCUCUAGUGUGGAUGCUCAUCAACGUUUUAUAGUUAUGUAUAAUGUGUCGUUAUAGUUAUCGUCCUUACUGUUGAAGGCCCUUAACGCUUAAAUUGGUAAAUGCUACCCUCUAACGGAUGAAUAUGGUAUGAACUACAGUAGUGGUUCUCAACCACGGGUUGAUUUGAUAGAAAUGACGACUGCAACAUUGAUAGCCUACUGAAAAGGGAUUUCAUAUUCCAGCUAUUUUGUUUAAUGAUCAUUUUGGAGGGGGAGAGUUGCAUGUUUUCUUUUUCAAAUGCUCGGGGAGGGCCAGGUAAAAAUAUAUUUUCCUCAGGGGGAGGGCCAUCCAUUUUCAUUUCAGAGAGGUCCGAUGACCUCCAGGUAUCCCUCAAUAUAAAUAAUGUUCACUCCCUUACUGCCCCUCACACAUCACUGUGUACACAAAACACUAUUACACAUUCUCAAAUCCAGUUUAAUCAUAUUCUAUUCAGCUAUUUCUAGGACAAUUCAAAAAAAAAGUGGUAGUUUAAAUCAAAUCCUUUUUUAUAAUUUUCCCUUGAUUCAAGAGAGCGUGGUAUACUGUAAUAACGCAAUGUGAAGCGUUGAACAAAGCACAGUAAUCAACUAACACUUAUAACAACAAUUAAAAUGGUUCCCUUCAAGUAAUUACAUUCUGUCUCACAUAAUGUCCUAUGUUUACUCUCCUAGGUUAACGUCAUCAUACUGAGCACCCAGGUCCAGGGCGAGCGUGCGUUUGCCCGCCUGCUGCUGGCAGUCCGCAUGGCCACCUGGAACCAGAUCCUGGACCCCUGGGUCUACAUCCUCCUGAGGAAGGCCGUCCUCAAGAAGCUCUUCCUGCUGGUGCACAGCUGCUGGGGCACCAAGUCCCACUCCCACCCCCACACCCUUAACCACUGGAAGUGCAGCCCAGUGAAGGGCUCUGGGGAGACCAGCGGCACCUCCAUCAGCACUAAGCCAGACUUCUUCUCUUUGGAUAGAAAUGUUGGAGGCCUACCAGACACAAUACUUAAGCCCAUCACCUGA